CAGGCUGUGCGCGAGAGAGAUUCGGGGUGAGAGCGGAGAACGGGAGGAUUUAAAUACCUCUAAGCGGGCGACCUGCUCAGCCCUUCGGGUGUGGGAGGGUGACUGUUUUGUGUCUUUUCUAGACCGGGGGAGCAGGGGGUGGAGGAGGAGGAACGGAUAAUGAGCUAUUCUUGUACCAGCACAGGCAACAGCCAGGACCCAUCGAGCUCUAAGAAGUCUGGCGGCGUUAAUCCCGGUAGUUGCAGCAGCAGCAGCGGAGACAACCGCCACAGCAUCCGCGGCAGACAAGCGAACUCCAACCCUGAUUUAACCGAGGCGAUGAAAGUCAAGAAGGGCUGCAACACGACAGACGUCGGAGUCCCCGUAACCAGAGAAGAGGAAUUGCUCGGGAACAAAACGAUCACCCCGGAGGAUGUGCUGGGGUUGCAGAAGAUCACUGAAAAUUAUCUCUGUAGUCCAGAAGACAAUUUGUACAAUAUUGACUUCACACGCUUCAAGAUCAGGGAUAUGGAGACAGCAACCAUACUAUUUGAGAUCACCAAACCACCGGCCACAGAUAAAGGAGGGGAUAAAAGAGAUGUUGAUCCAAACGCUGGGCGGUUUGUACGUUAUCAGUUUACGCCGGCUUUCUUACGGCUACGUCAAGUAGGAGCCACUGUUGAGUUCACAGUAGGGGACACCCCCAUCAAUAACUUCCGGAUGAUCGAGAGGCACUAUUUCCGUGAGCAGCUGCUGAAGAGCUUCGACUUUGAGUUCGGCUUCUGCAUCCCCAGCAGUAAGAACACCUGUGAGCACAUCUACGAGUUCCCGCCGCUCUCAGAGGAUCUCAUACGUGAGAUGAUCCUCCAUCCCUACGAGACGCAGUCCGACAGCUUCUACUUUGUGGACAACAAGCUGGUCAUGCACAACAAAGCAGAUUACUCGUACAGCGGAGGCCCGUAAGACGGCGGUGGGACGGGACUGCGGCAGAGAGUUUGACUGACAGACCUAAGAACCAAUCACAUGUCUUUGUCCAGCAGACUGUCACGCCCUCCUCGAAUCAGUGUCAUAGACGACUACCUGCAGUGCGCCAUGCCUGUUGUUGAGAUCUAAAGUGUCGUAUCAUAAGGUCUUGUUCAAUGCAUACAUAUCCUGUUGUGAUUUCACACUGCCAUUGUUCACAUCAGCAAAUAUAGAUAUUAUAUUUUGUAACUUACCCCAAACAUGAGUAUAUUCACUCUAGUCCCAUAUUUUUUAUGGGCAAGGCACUGUAAUGUGAAUGGUACUUAGGUUUUACUAUUCAUUGUGUGUGUGUGCGCGUGUAUGAGUGGGGGUUUUGAUUCUGUGUGUGUGUGAGUGAGUGGGGGCCGUCCUCACAGUUUAACACAAAUAAGACUAUAUAUUGUUGAUGUUGAGUAUUACUUUCCCUGUCAGAAUAAGCUACAUCAGAAUUUCAUACCUGUGAACUUUUCAUCCUAAAUAGAAUAUAAUGAUUUUAUGGUGAGACCUCGAUUUAAUUGAUAGAUUUGUGUUUAAUUAGAUAUAUUUUGAUACGUGAACAAACUUAAUUUUGAGAUGUUGAUUAUUUGCGUGGGUAAAAACAAAAAUCAAGCAAAAAAUGAAGUCAAAUCAAUCCAAGAGGAGUUUAUGGUGCGCAACCGUCAUGAAUAUGCAGAUACUAGGAACUUUUUGCAUCCAAAGGUCUGCGUAAAAGCACAUAAUUCAUGCUGCGAACAGAGGUUGUGUAGAUAAAACGACGUUUGUGCAAAAAACAAAACAAAAAAAAAAACGUCUGCCGAAAAGGGAACACGGCACACGCUGCAAGCCUUGACAUUUCAAACGUCUGUGGUUCGUGUGGUUUCUUUUUGUCUCUGUAAAAAAACAAAAGGAAUGAAAUAUCCGUCUUAAGAGGAGUAGUUCAGAGAGAUCAUGAGUCUCUUCUCAUCUCUCCAUCACACAUUCCAGUGAGCCAGAGCCCUCUCAGCUGUUAGUGCACAUAGCAGAGGUUAGGUUUAUGUCUUAUUCAUAGUGCAGAAAGUGCAUUUAGGAGGAUGAUUUAAAGAAACUGUUUAGUUUAUGAAUAAGGGGGAGGCUUUCAAGGAAUUGUAAGUGUGUAAAAUGGAGGAAUAACUUGAAAAUGUUUCUAGUCAGACAUGUAACAGCUUUAUUUAUAAUUGUGAUUUAUUGUAAAUGAUUUUCAGAGGGGAAAAUAUGAAAUGUUUUGGACCGUUCAAAUGCCUGUGUGGAAUAAAAGAGAAAUAAAUGUA